GGAGUCUCCACCGGAACUUUGAAGAUCCUGAACGACAUAUUUCUAGACGGGACGAACCUCCUCGUGGAUCAGGUCUUGUGUCUUCCCAGGAAAUGCAAUGUCUACAAAGUACAGGAUGGCGACACCUGCUCCUCCAUUGCAUCCUCCCAGCGAAUCUCAGUGACAGACCUGCUCAGAUACAAUCCCACGCUGAACAGCGCAUGUUCGAACCUCGUCAUUAGCAACAAUAUUUGUAUUGGACGAUCUGGGACGCUGUACACACCCACAACCAUUGCAGGGGCGACUGCCACUAAGACAAACCAAUACGCCACGGCGACAGUCACUCCUGGCGGUACUACUGCCGGCGGGACCACUGACAAGUGUGGAAAAUACCACAAAGUCUCUGCUGGAGACACCUGUGAGCAGAUCUCGCUCAAGUACUCAAUUAGUGUUGAUCUAUUUUUGGCUAUCAAUCCAUCGCCCGGCAUUGAGUACUGUGUCUUUCCCACGCAGAAUUGGAAUGCUACAAUGGGUUCGAACAUGACCACAUCGACCUAUAUCACAGCACCAGGUCCAACUCCUACUGGGUCGACUUCCAAAUGCUACUCCUGGCAUGUCGUUGAAAAAGACGAUGAUUGCACGAAACUCGAGGCCAUCUAUGGAGUCUCCUUUGGCGAAUUGCAAGCUUGGAACCCUCAGAUUAACUCAAUUUGCUCUAAUCUUCUGCUUGACGCCGCUUACUGCGUCAAAGGAGGCUCUGUGACAACACCUAGCUCCAAAUCCGCCUCAUCAACACCCACAUCGAGCGGCGCUCCCCCAGGCCCUACUCAGUCCGGCGUCGCAGGAAAUUGCGACAGUUGGGUGAUGCAGAAAGAUGGCAUCUACUGCGCCGACAUGGCUGACAAUGCUGGAAUCACAAUUGACGAGCUUUACAAGUGGAAUCCGGCCCUAAUCGGAGGCCACGUGACUGCUCACUGAGCAGGCUCUGAGUACCCUUAUUAAAGCGGCGGCGUCCAGAAGAGGAAAGCCACGGUCGUUCUAGAAAAACAGGUACGUAUAGGUGCAUAUAAAUAUAUAUAUCGGUGACCGGCCCAUUGUCUCGAC